GUUUUUCUUUAUCCAUUUGAACCAGAAUCUUUCUACACCAGGAAGAUCCCGCACGUUAUCAGACUAGCCUUUGCAUACUGGGAUGUCAACACCCUUUAUUCAUUUGCACUUUGUGAGGAGGAAGAGGGGGAGGGUCUGGCAGGCACUAAUUUGAAUCAUUUUUUUUAUGUGUAUUUGUGGCAUGGAUGAUAAAAUAAUAAUAAUAAUAACCUUUCCUUUUCACAAUAUGACGUUAUACCUUUGCAUGCACAAGUGGACCCCACCAACUCUUUCAAGUCCUCAUCCCGACGAUAUCCCGACGAUCUAUCACACGCGACCUAAUGGAUCCCAUGUAAACGUUAUUGUUAAUUAUUCUCGACAUUUACGAGAGAUUGAGCUUCCCCUUCUACGGCCUCUCUACCACAGCCCUGUAGAUUAUCUCAGAAAAUAGAUUUUCAAGCAACAACAAAUAAUUAAGAAAAUGUUUUUCUUGUACAUAUAUAGGUUAUUCAAAAUAGAUUGUCUUUUGCAUUCUGAUGUUCUAAAACUGACUUUCGGAGUCGGUGUCUUUAGAAUUUAUAUCCUUUUUUUUUGGAAUUGCACACGUUUUUGUUGUCAAAACAUCUUUUUGCAUGCACAUGUAAAUGUAAAUUGUUGUCCUCAUGUCAUUUCUACUACAUUAAUCGUUUUUUAUUUAUUCAAUUAUUCUUUUCAUUCUGCAUUAUUCUGA